GCUGUCAGAUUUACUUUCUAAUUUCUAGUCUAUUUUUUGAUCCUCGUGAAGGAAGCGUCGGCAAAUUUCUGUUGUAGGUCUGUUAGUAACAAAUUGCAUAUUUGUCGUGUCUAAUUUAAAAAAAUAAAUUUUACUGAAAAAUAACUAACUAUAGCAAGCAAUAUUAAAUUUUCGGGUUUGUGGAUGUUGUCCGGCAAUAGGUUUGGUGAUAUGAAAGUAUGAAUAUCUGACCGACUCCAAAAAGAGACUUACAUCGACUGCUGGCUGGCAAUGUGAAGUUUUGUAAUCUAUAAAUUAUUAAUUUAUAAAAAUGGUUGUAGAUUUUCGAGUUGACGAUUUAGUUCAAAGUGUAUCCUUAUAUUCUCCUCGCCCAGUUAUAAUUCAUGGGACAGUAUUACCUUUCAUCCUCUUCUACGGAACUUGGCUUUAUACUUGGAUUUUUAUCUAUGAAAAUGAUUAUUUUAGUGAAGGCGUUUUUUUAGGCUUAGCCGUCAUAGGACUACUUCAAAUUUUGAGUUGUUUAUGCUGCUAUUGGUCAGUACAUGUGCAGUGUUUCCUCACUUGCAAUAAGGAAAAGAACCCGAAAGCUGCAAAAUGUGCCAAAGUGGUGCCAACUGCAAAUAAUGGAUCUUCUGAAUUGGUCAAUCUACAUCAUCAUAGUGAUCCAAAAGCAACAAACGAGGAUGUUAUUUGGUUUAUAUUCCAAAAGACCAAAUAUGUUUGGGAUGAAAACAAAAAGCAGUUCCGUGGAUUGCAAUUUCCAAUCGAUCUGUCAUUCAGGGAAUACACAGACUGGAAAGGGUAUCAGGAAGAUGUGGAUAUCACAAAUGCUGAAAUGAAGUAUGGGAAAAAUAUAUUGGACAUGGUGGUACCAGAGUUUAUGGAGCUAUUUAAGGAGCGAGCGACAGCUCCGUUUUUUGUAUUUCAAGUGUUCUGUGUCGGACUCUGGUGCCUGGACAAGUACUGGUACUACUCGCUGUUUACACUACUUAUGCUGGUACUCUUUGAGUACACUCUGGUACAGCAACAGUUGCGCAACAUGGCAGAGAUUCGCAAGAUGGGCAACAAACCGCACACUCUACAGGUAUAUCGGAACCGUAGAUGGAGGCAAAUCCAGAGUGACCAGUUGGUUCCUGGGGACAUUGUGUCAAUCGCUCGCUCACAGAAUGACAAUCUUGUACCCUGCGAUCUCUUGCUCAUCAGAGGACCAUGUAUUGUUGAUGAGAGCAUGCUUACAGGAGAAUCGGUGCCACAAAUGAAGGAACCAAUAGAUGGAGUGGAUCCCAACAAGAUUUUGGAUGUAGAAGCUGAUGGGAAGCUUCACAUUCUGUUCGGUGGUACCAAAGUUGUUCAGCACACUCCUCCGAGCAAGUCCUCAGCUGGUUUAAGAGCCCAAGACAACGGGUGUGUUGCUUAUGUUCUUCGCACAGGGUUCAACACCUCACAAGGAAAGUUGCUGCGCACAAUUCUGUUCGGUGUCAAGCGAGUCACAGCAAACAAUCUGGAAACAUUUGGUUUCAUUCUGUUUCUGUUGAUAUUUGCCAUUGCUGCUGCAGCUUAUGUUUGGAUAAAAGGUUCCGAGGAUGAGAAUAGGAACAAGUACAAGUUGUUCCUUGAGUGUACAUUGAUCCUUACAUCAGUUGUGCCGCCAGAAUUGCCGAUAGAACUGUCUCUAGCUGUCAACACGUCUCUCAUCUCACUCUCUAAACUAGGCAAGUCUUGAAUUGUGUUUUUUUGCACGGAGCCGUUCCGCAUCCCGUUUGCUGGGAAAGUGGAGAUUUGCUGUUUUGACAAGACUGGGACUCUGACGAGUGACAAUCUAGUCGUUGAAGGAAUAGCUGGUAUUGGGAAGACACCGGAAGCAGUGACUCCACUCGCAGAUGCAAGACUGGAGAGUGUCCAAGUGCUGGCCACGUGUCAUUCUCUUGUCCAACUGGAGGAUGGGCUGGUGGGCGACCCUCUGGAGAAAGCAACACUGACUGCUGUUGACUGGAAUUUAACCAAAGGUGAUGCAGUGAUACCAAAAAAAGGAAAGGCACCUGGGAUGAAAAUAUUCCACCGUCACCACUUCUCCUCUACACUAAAACGCAUGUCUGUGGUGGCUGGCUACACGCAGGCCGGCACUACAGACACAACAUAUGUAGCCACCAUCAAGGGUGCCCCCGAGACUCUCAAGUCCAUGUUUGGAGAGGUGCCGGACAGCUAUGAUUCUGUGUACUUGACUCUAUCAAGGCGUGGGGCUCGAGUGUUGGCCUUGGGCUGGCGUGAACUGGGCCAUCUGAGUCACCAACAGGUGCGGGAUCUCACCAGGGAUGAUGUGGAGAAGGAUUUCAACUUUGCUGGUUUCGUCAUCAUCUCUUGUCCUCUCAAAACUGACUCUCGGGCUGUCAUCAAGGAGAUCAUCAAUGCUUCCCAUGUGGUGGUGAUGAUCACUGGAGACAACCCGCUAACAGCUUGCCAUGUGGCAAAGGAGCUGAGAUUCACACAGAAGGCUGGUGGAAUUCUUGUGUUGACAUCAUCAUCAGGACAGAAUUGGUACUGGGAGUCUAUUGAUCAGACGCAGAGAUUACCUCUGAAACCAGACAAGUCAUACAAGGAGCUGAUACAAAAGUAUGAUCUCAGUCUGACAGGCGAGGGUUUACAAUUCCUUGCGGACAGUCACAAAGCAUUUCUCAUGAACAUUUUACCUCAUGUGACAGUGUUUGCAAGGGUUGCCCCCAAACAAAAGGAAUACAUCAUUGUGUGUCUGAAGAGUCUAGGGUACACGACACUCAUGUGUGGGGAUGGUACCAACGAUGUGGGUGCAUUGAAACACGCUCAAGUCGGUGUUGCAAUUCUGUCGAACGCCCCAGAAAAACUUCCAGAAAAGAAGAAAAUUGAGAGGCCAGCUGAAAAGGAAAAAUUAAAACCUGAUAAACUUAGUGAUAAAGAAAGUCACAGGAAGAAUGACAAGGAGAAGGAAAAACUGCGCUUCCCAAACUCUAGUUUAUUACACAGAAAUGCUGCUGACCGACAGAACUCCUCACAGAUGGCACACUCACAUCUACAGAAGCUCCUGAAAGAGUUGGAGGAGCAAGAUCAAGCUCAAAUCGUAAAACUGGGUGACGCCAGCAUCGCUGCACCUUUUACAAGCAAACUCUCAUCUAUUCAGUGCAUCUGUCACGUGGUGAAGCAGGGCAGGUGUACACUAGUGACCACGCUGCAGAUGUUCAAGAUACUGGCACUGAACGCACUCAUACUUGCGUACAGUCAGUCAGUACUGUACCUGGAUGGUAUCAAGUUCAGCGACAUGCAAGCAACUCUGCAAGGCCUGCUGCUGGCUGCCUGCUUCCUCUUCAUCUCAAGGUCCAAGCCGCUGAAAACACUGUCUCGACAGAGGCCUCUACCCAAUAUAUUCAACGUCUACACAGUCCUCACAGUCCUGUUACAGUUCUUUGUUCACUUUGCCAGUCUGGUGUUCCUUGUCCAGCAGGCUACCCUUCUUUCACCACCAAAAGAUCCAAAACCAUUUGACCCAGAGGAAGAAUCAGAAUUUGAGCCUGGGAUAUUAAAUAGUACAGUUUAUAUCAUUUCUAUGGCCCUCCAAGUGUCAACAUUUGCUAUAAAUUAUAGGGGGCACCCAUUCAUGGAGAGUCUAGUGGAGAACAAAGCUCUGUUAUAUAGUAUACUGGGCUCAGCUGUGUCUAUCCUGGCUCUAGCGCUGGGCAUCGUUCCAGACAUUGCCAACCAGUUCGAGAUUGUCGACUUUCCUUCAGAUUUUCGAUGGAUACUAGUCGCUGUCCUCUUUGCCGAUUUCUUCUUCUCAUUCCUAGUGGACAGAAUAUGUUUGUUCCUGCUGGGAGAGGGCAAGCUGCACGUAGCUCACUGACGCUCGUUUUUCCACAUCUAGUGGGAAAUGGUCAAUAUCUGAUGUGCAACUGUUUAUUAUUGAUUUUUUACAAAAAUUAAAUUUUUUAUCUUAAGAAAGUAUACAGAACAUUUUGUCGUACUAUAAUUUCAAAUGCAUUUUUAGUUUUAAUUGUUAUAAAAAAAUAUUUAAAUACAAACUAAACUUAUAAAUAAUAAUAAAUAAUUUUAUAAAAAAUUAUAAAACACCAAAUUAAUGUCAAGUAAUCAGUUUUAACAUUGUAUUAAUUGCAUUCAUAAAAUUGUAUAAUACAAUGUAAUUCAUUUAUUUACUCUAUUGUAAUAAUUAAAGUAUGUGAUAAAUGCUGCUAAAACUAAUCAAAAUACUUUAGUGUUUGUUGUUUGACUAUGGCAAUGUAUCGAGGGAAAAGUAUGCAAUCUUGAAGAAAUCUCACAGAACUGGUUGAAGAGUUAUUUAUUUCUAUGAAGUAAGCUAAUUUUUACUGUGGUUUGAGUAAUAUAUAAAUAUAUUGUGUAGUAAAACUGUUACAAAAAAUAAAUUUUUAUGGUUUCUUUUCCAUGA